GUUCUCAUCAUCUCUAUGUCGUGUAAACAAAACUUCCUAUUAUAUGGACAUUGCAAGUGAAAAGAAACGAAUCCAAAUCGGCAAAUUCCGACGACGGUUUGCUGAUCACGACGUAAAGCGACGACGACAGAUUAGUUGGCGGGCUGCGCCGAUGUCGUCGUCAUCACCCCAACUAAAUCUAACAGCCGGAAAGCCAGCCACAGGCGAGGCGAUGAACUAAGCUUAUCACUCGCUUCACGUGCGAGAAUAUUAUACCAAAUCAAACCAUAGAUUCUUUGCACGUUGCCAAUUGGUUACUGGUUAGUAACUACCACAAGUCUAUAAUGAUGUUACACGUUUAGUUAUCUCCACUCUCCACUCUCAAACCAACCCAAUGCCUAUUAUUCCAAUAGUAAAAGAACACGGUGUAACGAACAUGUUCUUCUUAGAAUCGAACCACAUUCUGAUACGAGGUUUUGACUAUCACGAGGUAGUGGCGAGUGCGUGGUACAAAGUAUAAACGAUACAAAUGAACAACUCAAGUCAUGAUAUGAUUCUUAGAGCAUAUUUGAUUUUAUGGUUCAUAACGAUUGAACUGUACACUCGACUCAAUUUGCAAUGCUAGCUUUCAUGAUGGAUAUCGUAAUAUGUUCCAAUUCGAUAUGAAGUUGUAAAACUUUUGUUGUCUUAUGCUUUGUUUUUAAAUGUGAAUAUUGCUAAAUAUGGAAAUAUCGCAAGAGGUAGGUGAGGUUUUGGAACUCAUAUUAUGAUCUUGACAUUUACAACAAUAACUAUUCAAAUGACCCAAUGUUUAUUUUGGCAUGUAUUAGGUGGUUAAUUACAACUUAAGAUAGUAUUUUAUAAUUUUCUUUGGAUGGUAAAGAUAUCGGUAUUUAAUGUUAUUCGACAGAUUCAACCCGUGUAUGCCAUAACUGUAACCUUUGCUUAAUCAUUUUAUUUUAGUUGGACAUUCAAAAAUCAUGAUAGGUUUCUAUAAACACGCAAAGUUAUGUUAAUCAUCGAGCUCACGGCGCUUUCGAGUAUAAAUUUCAUCAUCAACGAUGAAGGUAAAAGUAAAGGGGUGAUUAUAUGUAAUACAAUUGAGGCAAUGACACAACUAUUUCCCUCUCCUAAUGAUAUGGACCAGCAGUAUUGAGGUGUCAAUAGUAAGGCCAAUGAGUUUCUUCUCACGUCUACUACCAUCGAAUUAUCGAUUGUGUGUCACAAUGUAAUUAGGAUUGUCCAUAUAAAGACGCCAUAAAUCUCCACCCUACCCUUCAUUGGUUUGUUAACCAUCCGACUUAAUAUACAUUCUUUAUAGUGUGAAGAUCAUUAGGAUUAUUACUUUUUUCAUGUCCAAUACAUGAUUCUUCUUUUGUCAUGAAUCAUGAUAGUGGAGUGGAUAGAAAAUAUACAAACUUUUCAUCGUACACAUCAGGCACAACAUGCAAACUUUACAAAAACACACUUAAAAAAGCACGACCCAACCCAACACAAAUUGUAAUUAAUUUAGAUGAAACCUCUUGACAUCAGAUUGUAAAUAUAACGCCAUAUGACAUCAUGUUUAUUGCAUAUACUUAUUACCAUUAUAUAUUUUAUCCAAUGUACACAAUUUAUUUCAUCCCCGACCACCUAGGACUUGGAAGUAAGGGGAAAAUACUCCUAAUCCGAGGUAAAAAAAUGUGAAGAGUGAAAAUAAACCAAAGUUAAAACCAAAUCAAGUCGGAAAGGGCAAAAACAAACCAGAGACAGAGAGAAACAGAGCUUCUUCUCUCUCUUUUAGGGUUUGGGUUGGGCCCUUUUUAUCUCCACCGGCCUCCCCUUCUCACAAGUUCCCCUCUUCCAUUCUCUUCUCUUCCUCCGCAGAAGAGAGAGAAAACCCACCCCACGAACUACAGAACAAACGACGAACAACGGAAGCCCCCUUCCCCUAUCCCGUACCCAAUCUCAAGGAAAUCUAAUUUAUCACGGGUUGAUUCCACCUGGUUCAGCUGCAAGCUGAAUCGAAACACAGCAACAACAAAACACAAGAGGGUGUGUGUGCCUUUCCUUUCAUCGGACGACGGAGAUUCAAUCGAGGUAUGCAGCAAGGUGAUCAGACGGUGUUGAGCUUGAGGCCUGGUGGUGGUCGUGGAAGCAGCAGACUCUUCAACCAGUCUUCUUCUUCCCCUGCUGGCUCUCUGAUUCCUGGCAGCAACAGCAAUUCCAACGCUGCCGGUAUCGCCUUCGGCGGCGCUUCUGCCCUAAAGGCUGGUGACUCACGCUUCGAGGCCCGUGAGAGGGUGAAGUAUACCAGGGACCAGCUACUGCAGCUUAGAGAGGCUGUUGUUUCAAUCCCGGAUGAGCUCCUGAAAAUCAAACGGGAAAUUGAAACUGAGCUUUUCGGUGAAGAUCAAAGCUGGACUCGUGCAGCAGAAAGUAAUCCCCCACCAACUCAGCAACCUCAGGCUCGUUAUUCUGAGCCAGACAAUCGCGACUGGCGAACCCGUACCACCACCCAAAUUCCUGGUCCGACUCCUGUGGAAGAGAGGUCCUGGGACUCGAUUAAAGACAGGGACUUUGUACCUCGGAAUGACUCCAGGCAGCUCGAUGGAAACCAAUUCAAUCGUCAAGAUCAGCCCAAUUCCCAAUUUGUCCGCCCAAAUCAAUCGGGUGGUCCUCCUCCCGCCUUAGUCAAGGCCGAGGUGCCAUGGUCAGCUAGGCGAGGCACCCUUUCUGAUAAAGAUCGCGUUUUGAAGACCGUUAAAGGUAUUCUCAACAAACUUACCCCAGAAAAGUUUGACCUUCUCAAAGGCCAGCUCAUCGACUCAGGCAUCACAUCAGCCGAUAUCCUAAAGGGGGUGAUCUCUCUCAUAUUCGAAAAAGCUGUGCUGGAGCCCACAUUCUGCCCCAUGUACGCCCAGCUUUGCUUCGAUCUCAAUGAGAAGCUCCCUCCAUUUCCCUCUGAUGAGCCCGGUGGCAAAGAAAUAACCUUCAAGAGAGUCCUCUUGAACAACUGCCAAGAGGCAUUUGAGGGUGCCGAUAAGCUGAGGCAAGAACUGAGGGAAAUGACAGCUCCUGAUCAAGAGCUUGAGCGCAAGGAUAAGGAGAGAAUGGUCAAGCUUCGUACUCUUGGAAAUAUUCGCUUGAUCGGUGAGCUCUUAAAGCAGAAGAUGGUCCCUGAAAAGAUUGUUCAUCACAUUGUUCAGGAGCUACUUGGUCCUGACAACAAGGUCUGUCCCGAAGAAGAAAAUGUCGAAGCGAUCUGCCAGUUCUUCAUCACGAUUGGGAAGCAGCUCGACGAGAGCCCCAAAUCGCGGCGGAUUAACGACGUGUACAUGAACCGUUUGAAAGAGCUAUCUUCGAAUUCUCAGUUGGCUGCUCGCCUGAGGUUCAUGGUUAGGGAUGUUCUUGAUCUCAGAUCCAACAACUGGGUUCCCAGGCGUGAGGAGGUGAAAGCGAAAACCAUUACUGAGAUCCAUUCGGAGGCUGAGAAGAAUCUGGGGUUGCGUCCAGGCAGCAUGAGAAACAUUAGCCGUGCAGGCGGAGCCGGAGGUGGAGGCAUCAUCUCUGCUGGGCCCGGCCCUGGUGGCCCUGGUGGUUUCCCCAUGAACCGACCGGGGACAGGUGGCAUGAUGCCUGGAAUGCCUGGAGCAAGGAGAAUGCCUGGUAUGCCUGGCAUGGACGCGAAUAACUGGGAGAUGCCGAGAACCCGAUCGAUGCCAAGGGGCGAACCCCCGAAUGCUCAGCCUCGUACUGUUCAACCACCCCAGAUGUUCAAUAAGUCGACUUCGAUGAACACCAGAUUCUUGCCUCAAGGCAGCGGCGGAUUCAUCAGUGGCAAGAGCAGCGCCCUCCUGCAAGGACUCGGCGGGCCGGCUCCUGUCUCCGAGAAGCCUGCAUUCAUUGAGAAGCCAGUAGUCACUCCUGCUCCUGUCCCAUCCGUCACUCCUACUCCUGUACCAUCAUCAGCUGGAAAAAUUACGAUGAAUGUCGAAGAGCUGAGGAAAAAGACAGUCUCGAUCCUGAAGGAGUACUUCAGUAUCCGACUGCUCGGCGAAGCCUUACAGUGCGUCGAGGAGCUCAACUCCCCCGGAUACCACUGUGAACUUGUCAAGGAAGCCAUAGCCCUUGGGCUCGAAGAGAACCCUCCCUGUGUGGACCCCACGUUCAAGCUCCUCGAGUACCUCUCAUCCAAGAAGGUGUUCGCGAGUCGGGACAUCUCCACAGGUUGCAUGCUCUACGCGACAAUGCUGGACGACAUUGGGAUCGACCUGCCGAGGGCGCCCCCAAACUUCGGGGAGAUCGUCGGGAAGCUCAUCUUGGCCGGGGUUCUCGACUUCAAGGCGGUGCACGAGAUGCUGAAGAAGAUGGAGGAUGACAUGUAUCAGAAGUUGGUGCUUGAGGCAGCGGUUAGGACCGUGAAAUCGAGCAACCAAGGCAUACUGGACUCACAAUCGGCUGAUGUUGAGGCUUGCCAGAGUUUGUUCUAGUGAUGAUGAUGAAUGAUUGAUGGAAGAACUGGUUCUGUUUUUGUGCUCGGUCUGGAGAAAAAAACUACAAACCCUUUUUAUUUGUUACCUUUUUUUUUUUUUUUUUUUUUUGUUGCUGUGAGGCAGGCAAGCAGAAAAGAAACCUUUGUACUAUUUUUCAUAAGGCGGGUGAAGCCUUCUCUCUUUUGAAGAACAGGUCAAAAAAUUUCCUCUAUUUUUUUGAUAAUUUUGUUUUUAUUUUUAGUUGUAUAUUUGCUUCAUCUUUUAUUCCUUUUUUGCCCCUACCGGAGAAGAUGAUGAUAGGUGUGUUAUUUGAGGUCAAAAUGGAACCAUAAAUCCAUAAUGUGAUAUGGGAUUUUCUUAUAAGGAAUUUGGUAGUUUCUUUCUUUCUGGAUUUGAUUUUGUGUUGCCUGUAGCUUUUCUCGUUACUUAGUACUACAAUCGAAUUGUUCCUUUUAGCGAGUAAGAUCUUCGUAGUAAAACCCCGUUCGUAUUAAUACUGUAAUGCAUUCCAAUCGUGUUUUACUAUGGAUAAUAUUUAAGGGUCAAUAUGAUGAUCACUAAAGUGGCAAAGUUCUA